AUGGUAACAAUGAUAAUUGAUAUUGAAUAUGAUGAAAUGAAUGUGUAUUUGUAUGAUGGAAAUGAAUAUGAAAGAAUUGAUAGAAUGAAAUAUUUAAAAGAAGAAGAAAAGAAAAUAAUUGAAGAAAUCAUUUCCAAUGAUAAGAAGAAUGUGAAAAUUAGAAAAGAAAAUAUUAAAGGAGUAGAAAUGAUGAUUAAACCAGAAAGUAAAUUAUCAAUAAUAUUCAAUAAUAUUAAGAAAGAAGUAGAAAAGAAAGGAGAAAAUGAAAGAACAAUCAUUUUUAUUCCUAAUGGAACAAGUCAAGGAAAUGAAAGAAGAAUAGAAAAUUCAACAAAACUGGGAAGAUUAAAUAAUGUACAAAUCAUACGGAAAUAUCAUAUAAUUGAAAGAAUACUUUCAGAAGCAUAUAACAUAGAAACACCAAUUCUUAUCAUAGAAAAUACAGAAAUAACAUAUGGAAAUAUUAAAAAAGAAAAAGAUAAGAUAAAAAUAAGAAUAAUAAAUAAUAUAAGAACAAACAAUAGAAUAGAAGAAAAUAAAGAAAUCAAUAAAAUAAUAACAGAAGAAAAAGAAGAGAAAGGAAUAAUAAUAAAUAAUAAAAUAAAACAAGAAAAAGAAAACAAAAUAAACACAAAAAGAUGGAGAUAUGAAGAAAUCAACAAAGAAACAUAUAUUAAAACAAUAAUAGAAAUGAUAGAAAAAGAAGAAGAAUAUUCAGAAUAUUCAUCAGAAAGAGAAAUGAUAAUAAAUAUCAAAAGAAUACUAUACAAUAAUAAAAUCAAUAAAAGAAUAAUUGGAAAAAGAAGAAUAGGACAUAAUGAAAUAAUGAUAACAUCAAAGUAUUUUAAUGAUAUUAAAGAUUUUAUUAAUUUAGAAAUAGGUGUUAAAAGAUUUCAAGGAAAUAUGGAACGAUUUCAUUUUAAUCCAAUUCCAUUAAAUGAAUAUUCAAGAAGAUUCUUUCCUAAUAUUGAAACAUUUUAUAUCUAUUGUUAUAAUGAUGAAAUAUUUGAUGACGGAAGAAUAACUAAAGAAAUAAUAUGGUAUAAAGUUAAUUAUUCAACAUAUUUAAAAGAAAAAGAAGCAGGAAAUAUCUGUAAAAAUAUAGAAUAUACAAAAGAAGAUAGAUAUAAAUAUGGAAAUACAAUACCACCAGAAAUUAAAUCACUUGAACAAAAUUGUUUUUAUAAUUGUAAAAAUUUAACAUCAAUCACUAUACCAUCAACAAUUACUUCAUUGGGAAAUAAAUGUUUUGAAGAAUGUAAUUAUUUGAAUUUGAUUACUAUUCCAACAUCAGUGAGUAAAAUUGGGAAAGAGUGUUUUAAUAAUUGUGGUUCAUUAAAAAUAAUUAAUAUACCAUCAUCAGUCAGAGAAUUAUGUGAAAAUUGUUUUAAUAGAUGUUCAUUAUUAAGAUCAAUUAAUAUACCUACAUCAGUUAGUGAGUUAGGAAAUAAUUGUUUUAGAGGAUGUGCAUCAUUAAGAAACAUUACUAUACCAAUAUCAAUUACUAAAAUAGGAAGAGAAUGUUUUAGUUGGUGUGGGUCAUUACAAUCUAUUACUAUUCCAUCAUCAAUUAGUGAAUUAGGUUAUGAAUGUUUUCAUAGAAUGACUUCAUUAACUAAAAUAGCCCUUCCUGAAACAAUAAUGAAACUGGGAGAGAGGUGUUUUAUUGGGUGUACUUCAUUAAGUGAAAUUAAUAUUCAAAAAUCAAUUACUGAAAUAGGAAAUGAAUGUUUUGGAGAUUGCUCUUCAUUAACAGAAGUAGAUAUCCCAACAACAAUUAGUAAAUUAGGAAAUAAAUGUUUUUUAGGAUGUUCUUCAUUAACUAAAAUAAAUAUACCAACAUCUGUUACUGAAAUAAGAGAUGAGUGUUUUAAAAACUGUGUUUCAUUAACUCAUAUAAAUAUUCCAACAUCUAUUAAAUCAAUUAAGAAUAAUAUUUUUGAUGGUUGUACUUCUUUAACCAAUGUCAAUACUCAACUAAUACCACUAUCUGUCAAUAAUUAUUUAGAUGAAAACAAACAAUUAACCAGUGUUAUUAUUCCAACAACUGUUAGUAGAUUAGAAGAAAAUCACUUUUCAGAAUAUUUAUUAUUAAAAGAAAUUACUCUACCAUCAACAAUUACAUCAAUAGGAAACAGUUGUUUCAGUGGAUGUACUUCAUUAACUAAUAUUAAUUUACCAUCAUCAUUAAGUGAAUUAGGAGAUUAUUGUUUUAAUAAUUGUUGUUCAUUAGAAUCAAUCAUUAUACCAUCAACAAUUACAUCAAUAGGAUAUGAAUGUUUUAGUAAUUGUAUGUCAUUGGUUAAUAUCAAUAUUCCAACAACAAUCAAAGAAAUAGGAGAUUGGUGUUUUUGGAUAUGUUCAUCAUUAACAUCAAUCACUAUUCCUCAAUCAAUUAUUAGAUUAGGAGAUUGGUGUUUAGGUUUAUGUUCUUCAUUAACAUCAAUUGUAAUACCAAUAACAAUUAAAGAAAUAGGAAAUAGUUGUUUUCAUAAAUGUUUAUCUCUAAAAUCAAUUAAUAUCCCAUCAACAACCAGUAAAAUAGGAAGUAAUUGUUUCUUUGAAUGUAGUUCAUUAAUAGAAAUUAAUAUAGGGACUAUACAGUUCAUUAGUGAAGAUAGGAUCUUUAUCAAUGAACCAGUAUUAGUUAGUAUUGAAAUACCAGAAAAUUUAAAACUAAUCAAUAAAAUGAAUUUUAUAAAACAAGAUAUUAAUGAAUUUAUCAUUCCACCAUCAAUUACUGAAUUAGGAGAUAAUUGUUUUUUGAACUGUAAAACAUUAACAUCUAUUAACAUACCAUUAUCAGUUAGUAAAAUAGGAGAUAAUUGUUUUUAUGAAUGUACUUCAUUAACAUCAAUCACAUUACCAACUACGGUUAGUAAAAUUGGAGAUAAUUGGUUUAAAGAUUGUUCUUCAUUAAGGUCUAUCAAUGUCCCAUAUACAGUUAGUGAAAUAGGUAAUUAUUGUUUCACUGGAUGUACUUCAUUAACAUCAAUUACUAUACGAACACUAAUUAGUAAAAUAGGAAGUUAUUGUUUCUAUGAAUGUUCAUCACUAAAAUCAAUUAAUAUACCAACAACAAUUAGUGUUUUAAAUGUGUAUUGUUUUUAUGGUUGUUCUUCAUUAACUAAUAUUAAUAUACCGAAAUCAAUUAGUAAAAUAGGAGAUUGGUGUUUUAGUGGAUGUACGUCAUUAACUAAUAUUGAUAUACCAACAUCAACCACAUCAUUUGGGAAAUCGUGUUUCUUUAAUUGUGGUUGUGAAUUCGAAUUAAAACGAAAUAUACAAAUACCAAGAAACUGUUUUGAGAAAGAAGAUUGA